UACUUUAUCAAUCCCGUACCUUACUAACCCUAGUUCUCUCUCUUUCUCUCACCUCUCCUCUCCCGUUCAUAUCUCUCUCUCCCUGUGCAAUUUUCGAUUUUUUCUGAGCUCCGAAAAAACAACCAAGAAACUCCAAAACAAAAAAGGAAAAUAAAUAAACCGGAAAAGAAGAAAAAGAGAAAAACCGAAAACGUGAAUUAGGGUUACGUAUACAAAACUCUGCAAUUUGUAUGCGCGGGAUUAUAUGAGCGUUUUGUGUAGCAUUCUGUGGAUUCGUUGUCUUGCAAAUCAAUGGCGGAGCGGAGGUUCGGGAUAGGCUAUGCUUUGGCGCCGAAGAAGCAGCAGAGCUUCAUCCAAGAGUCGCUGGUCGGCCUCGCGAGAUCGCGCGGCAUCGAUCUCGUACGGAUCGACACUGAGCGCUCGCUGGCGGAUCAGGGGCCGUUCGAUUGUGUGAUGCACAAGUUGUACGGCAACGAUUGGAAGCGGCAGCUGGAGGAGUUCGGCGUGAAGAACCCUAAUGCGGUGAUAAUCGACUCGCCGGAGGCGAUCGAGCGGCUGCACAAUCGGAUUUCGAUGCUGCAGGUGGUUUCGGAGCUGAAAAUCGAGCACGAGACUGACACGUUCGGGAUUCCGAAGCAGAUUGUGAUAUACGACAAGGAAACGCUGUUUGAUCGCCAAGCUUGGGAGGGUCUGAAGUUCCCGGUGAUCGCAAAGCCUCUGGUCGCCGACGGCAGCGCCAAGUCGCACAAAAUGGCCCUGGUUUUCAACCACGACGGGCUCGACAACCUCAAACCCCCAAUUGUGCUUCAGGAGUUUGUGAACCAUGGCGGCGUUAUCUUCAAGGUGUAUGUGGUUGGCGAACAUGUGAAAUGCGUGAAGCGUAAGUCACUCCCUGACGUUUCCGAAGAAGAGAAAUUGGGAAGCUUGGAUGGCUUGUUGUCGUUCUCGCAGAUAUCCAAUCUUGCAAACAAUGAGAGAACUGAUGACAAGUACUACAAGAUGAUGCAGUUGGACGACACAGAGAUGCCGCCACAGAGCUUUAUCACUGAUAUUGCAAGAGGGUUGCGGCAAGGGCUGAAGUUGAACCUGUUUAACUUUGAUGUGAUUCGGGACGCGAGGUUUGGUAACCGGUAUUUGAUAAUUGACAUUAAUUACUUUCCUGGAUAUGCCAAAAUGCCGGGUUACGAGACUGUGUUGACUGAUUUCUUUUGCGAUAUUAAGCAAAAGAAAGAGAAAGAUGGGGCGGAGAACACUGGUUUGGAUAGUUAUGAGGUACUUAGCUGUGAUGACGAAGUGAGGAAAAUUGUAAGUAGUGAUGGGGAUGAUGGGGGUGAUCUUAACGUAGAAGAGGAGAACCCAAUUCAAGUUUGAAAGGCCCUGUGGCGUCCUUGUCCUGUGGUUGGCUGGCACUAUUGGUUCAUUGGCAUUUUCGUAAGAAGCUUGGCCAUUUUGGUGAUUUGUGGACGAAGAUGAGUUGCACAUUAGGUUUAGAUAGCAGUUGGGACAGUGCUGAACUGAGUAGGCUGGUUCUUGGUUUUAGCUUUAACUUCUUGACAACAAGAUUACAUGAUGUUCAGCGUUGAUCGUGUAUAUUCCAUUCACCAAUGCUCCGGAGAAGGUACUUCUCAAAAUACUAUGCUGAAGUUUUAGCCUUUUAGGAAAGUCAAGUUGUAAUCUGAGGCUUUAAAGUCUUUCAUUGCCUAGAAACUGUUCUAGUUUGUGCCAUAGGCACCUUUAGUUAAUGGAUUUUGGCUUUUUUUGGUUAA